UGCUCUAUUGUUGCAAAUCCAAAUAGCACUCUAAGAAUUUCUCUCUCGUCGUCUAUAGUGCAUGUUUUGAAAUAAAGGACUCGUAAACGAAUUAGAGGAUUAGAUGGUCAUUCGUUAAUACGCGUGGAGUAGCAUAAUGGAGAACUUUACUUCAACUCCAACGCAUUGUCUAUCGGGAUUGAAUUUCCUCUGGUGGUGCCAUUGAUGCCAUGUGCAUGUUCAUAGCACGCUGGUUAAUGCAUGUAAUUAUCCCGAUUCCUAAAUUCGUUAAGGAGGUCCUGUGUAGCUAUUAUAAUAUGUAGACUGAGCUACUAUGACUCUCUACACGCGAUGCGACUCUGCAGUAGUCUCUCGGCGCCCAGGCAGAAGACACGAUGACCAGUUCCUCGUACAACAAAGAGCAACUAGCAGCAAAGCUUUAUUCAUCCAUCAAGCCGUUCGUAUUCUAUAGUCAACUGCUAUGCAGUGUCCCAUAUCCGGUCGCUACCUUGCAGUCAUCGUGCCAUCUGAGUUUUGUGUACCGAUCGAACUUCAAACAAGCUCGCUGUCUGCUCACUGCUGCACUGAUGAUCUGUAUUAUUAUCUGCAAUUUGAAGGGAGUGAUAGAGAUGGUAUCCUUAUCGAUACCUUUCUUCACCACGACACUCUACAUCAACGAGAUGGUGCUUUGUGCCGUCGCCAGUCUGCUAACCGUCGCGCGAAGCUACAAAAAGGACGUGGCUUACAAUCGAUUCCUCCAGAGGCUUCUCACCAUUGCCUGUUCACUCCAUGAUGGCGAAUGGGAAAGGAUACUACCGUAUCUUCGCCGACGACUCCAGUGCGUUUGCGCCUUAUUAGCGGUCCUGAUCGCAACCGGAUUGACAUGUGUUUUCUAUCAUUUUGGCGGCAUCUACACCACUUUCCUCACGCUUAUCGGCUUCGUCAUUCCCAACGUUCUGGUUGCACUUUCGCUGCUGCAAUAUGCUUACGGUGUACUGCUUAUCUAUAAGCUACAGCAGCGGUUCAAUUGUCGGCUCGCGAUAAGAGAGCUGGCGCCGGAGAGUGAACUGCUACACUGGAUCGAGCAAUGCGAAUCGUACUACCUGCAGCUCGCGGCUUGCAUUGAACACAUCACACAGUCUUUUGGGCUGCUCAUCGUCACCAACACGUUUGCGGCGAUUAACGUUAUCAGCGUGCUGCUGUUGGAAAUUUAUCAGUAUCUGCAAACCAAUGACUCGAAACCGAUCUUUAUCGUCAACAAUCUAGUGUGGAUCGGUAUGCAAUGUGUGCUGCUGGUGUUGCCCCUGUACCCAAAUCAUUUAUUGAAAGGAGAGCAAACACGCCUUGGAACACUGCUGUUCGAAGUCUUUCCUCAAGGCUACGAAGCGCAUGGCGAACAUCGCAUCACACGCUAUGGUAUGCUAACACUGAUAAGAAAGGAGGUUUAUGUGAAAGCUUGCGGUAUCUUAACUCUAGAUUUGUCUUCACUUGUGUCGAUAUUUGCUGCACUGCUGUCGUUCAUGAUAAUAAUGAUACAAUUCGAUCAAACCAACUUAAAUAAGGACUCCGGCGCUGUCACUGCUUUCGAUAGCCUCUACAGUUCGAAUUCUUAAAUUCCUCAGGCGCAUGUAAGUUGUAGCACUUUGCCUGUAACGCAUGAUCACUCCGUGUGAUUGUUCAUUAUUUCACCGUAGAUUCACCACACUGGCACCAAUUAUAUCAAUCAUUUGUUGUCGCUUCUCGAUGAGACACUUUAUGUGCUCCUCCAAAGGCUCGGCGAUUAUGGAGCAUGAGUCAAUGUCGACCCGUUCGUAGAGCCUCCGUCGGAAAUCCAUAUCCAUGUACAUCUCGUCCUCCGUAUGCUUGCCCUGUACAGCCUCAUACUCCAGCAACUUGUUGUGGAACGUCUUGAAGCUUAUAGCCUCUUGCUUCAUCAAUUGGCUGGAGGAUUCGUCCAGGUUCUGACACUCUUGCGGUAAUUGUGCUAGUAUGGCCGGAUCUUCCAAAUCCAAAUCACACGCUAUGAAAUUGCCACUCGUCAGCUACAGUGUAUGUUUUGAAAUAAAGGACUCGUAAACGAA